AUGCUCGCAGGUGCGAUGGUGCAUGGUGUCACAGACAGGCGUUUCUGGGCGGGUGAGAUGGUGCUUGGCAGGUGUCACAGACAGGCGGUGUGGGAGGGAGAGUUUGUGCUGGAACUGGCUCUGGCGGAGAUGCUGCUGCAGGCCGGGUUGGACCGCCUGGUGUUCCCUGGUGCUCUGCUCAUGCGCGCCUCCCCCACCAACCUGCGCCAGCUCGCUGCCAAGCUGGACCCCGACCAUCCCGACAUGCGCCCACUGACCCUCUAUGCUGUAGCACGUUCACCCUUUUCCCAUUGCAGGAGUGUGUUCACCUCCCUCAUUGCGUCAGCCUACCUGACUCGGGGCAUGCCGGAGGUGUAUCGGCUGCUGUUUGAGGUGUUCGGAUUGGACCCCCACCAUCCCGACAUGCUCCCCAAGAUCGUUCCUGCUCCCUCCUCUACCAUCCCAACAGCAGCAGUGUUUGAGAGGUCCGACAUGCUCCUCACUCUCCCACCCAACCCACGUUCCCCCCUGCAGGAGUGUUUUCACAUCGCUAAUUGCCUCGGCAUACCUCACACCCUCCUGUGUGCUCUUCCUCCCCACCCCGGCAGGAGUGUGUUUACUUCCCUCAUCGCUUCUGCAUACCUCACAAGAGGCAUGCCGGAAGUCUAUCGGCUUCUGUUUGAGGUGUUUGGAUUGGACCCAGACCAUCCCGAGAUGCAACCCAAGAUCGAGCGCGUGCGCGACGAGGAUUUCCUGCAUGCUGACCUGGACGGCGACCCGCUGACGUGGCGCGACGUGGCGUGCUACCAGCCCCCCCCAGAUUCCCUCUUUCCAAACCCUCGUCUCUUCCACGCGUGUGUGCCGCCCGGAAUGUCGCGAUUCCGCGGCUCCGAUUGGAUGCACCGAUCCCUGGAAGCAGCACUGAGAGCACUGGCGUGGCCCAUGCCAGCAGAGGCUGGAAUGACCUUAGAAGCAAAACAGAGAAGGAAUGAAGAUAUGGUGAUGGCACUGCAGCUCUGCUUCAUCCACCCAUCUCUCUACCGCGCGGAGCACCCCCGCUUCUGCUACGACCGGCUUGAAUAUGUGGGGCAGAAGAUCCAGGAUCUGGUCCUAGCAGAGAACCUCCUACAAUCACAUCUCGACGCGCCGAUCCUCUGGCUCUCCGACCGCCAUACCAAGCUGCUUCGGAACCGAGCCUGCGGCCGCUACCUCCGAGCCUCAGGCCUGCACGAUCACGUGGAGCUUUCAGAGGAAUCAAAGCAGUAUUUCUACGCGAAUAAAAAGUUCCAGAACUUGGUUUCGGGAGCGGUGUUCCAGGCUGUUCACGGGGCGGCUUAUAUCGUGUAUGGGAAGCCGGAGGUUCGGCGGUUGAUGUUUGGGAUGUUUGAGAUUGAUGGUGGCACGAUGCACACCAUGUAA